GCUGGUGAGCGGCGCGCGGGGCCCGCGGGGCGGGGCGAGGCGGCCCCGGAGCCGGGACAGGAGGCGCCCAGGUGAGGGCGGGGACGCGGUGGCACUGGGGCAGGAUUACGCAAAGUACGUAGUACCGCCGGGGAGAAGCGCUCUGCGCUACGUCAAGCGCGUAAACCUUGUUCGGGAAUAGCUGUUAGGAAAGGCGUUGCGCAAGCGCCGACUUUGCGCAAGGGGCGCCGGGCGCAGCCGCCAGUGGGCGCCACGUGACCAGCUGACAGGUGCGGGGGUGGCUGCGCACUUUGCGUAGAACAGCCAGGCCGCUGCGCAAACGGCGGAGCGCGAGAAAUACGCGGGCGUGGACGAGUCGCCGCCGCGACUGGGGGGUGACUACGCAAAUGGCGUAAAGCUGUGCCAGGAUGGCCCCGGCCUGCGAGCGGCUGCACUUCCGCUUCCCCAGCUACGGGGACGGGGUGCUGCGGCGCAUGGACCAGCUGCGGGCGCAGCGGCGGUUCUGCGACGUGACGGUGCAGGUGAACGAGCUGCGGGUGCCGGGGCACCGCGUGGUCUUCGCCGCCUGCUCCCCCUUCCUGCGGGACCAGUUCCUGCUCAGCGACUCGCCCGAGGUCUCCGUCUCGCUGCUGCAGAGCCCCGAGAUCGGCCGCCAGCUGCUGCUCUCCUGCUACACCGGCUGCCUCGAGGUGCCGCUGCCCGAGCUGGUCAACUACCUGACGGCCGCCUCCUUCCUGCAGAUGGGCCACGUGGUGGAGCGCUGCACCCAGGCCGUCUCCCGCUACCUGGUGCCCAAGGCCGAGGCGGCGCUGGGCCCGGGGCAGGAGGGGGAGGAGGAGGAGGCCUCCCCCAGCCCCCUGCCCACGCGGCAGCAGGAGGGGGCCGGGGAUUUCCUGGCCUGCCGCUCCCGCAGCAGCGCCUCGUCCCCUGAGAUCUCCCUGCCCCUGCUCAACUCGGCCGUGGAGCUCACCCGCAGCUACCUGCAGGGCUGCUACGAGGACCAGGCCGCGCCGGGGGGGCCCUUCCCCUGCCCCCCAGCCCCCGCCCAGCCGGGGGGGCCGUGGCGGGGCUGCCCCCUGCGCCGCCGGCACCUGGAGCCGGCCCGGAAGGACAGGAAGGCGCCGGAGCUGGAGCGGCCCUACCGGUGCCCGCGCUGCGACGGCCUCUUCCCCCAGCUGGGCAGCUUCGUGAGCCACGUGCGGGAGCACAAGCUCUUCCUCUGCCUGCGCUGCGCCAAGGUCUUCUCCCAGAAGAGCAACCUGACCCGGCACCUGCGCGUCCACACCGGCUUCAAGCCCUUCCAGUGCCCCGUGUGCCGCAAGUGCUUCACGCAGAACGCCACGCUGCAGGACCACCUCAACCUGCACAGCGGGCGCAAGCCGCACCGCUGCAACUACUGCGCCGUGCACUUCACCCACAAGCCGGGCCUGCGGCGCCACCUCAAGGAGCUGCACGGCAAGAGCACCCUGCAGAACAGCCACGAGGAGAGCGAGGAGCUCGCCGGGGCCUGCGAUUGAGCGCGGGGCUGAGCCGCUGCCCUCGGACCGAGCCGCGGGGCCACUGGCCGCCCUGGGGAGGGGCCGCGGGGCCACGGACCGAGCCGCGGGGCCACUGGCCGCCCUAGGGAAGGGCCACGGACCAAGCCGCGGGGCCACUGGCUGCCCUGGGGAGGGGCCGCGGGGCCAUGGACUGAGCCACGGGGCCACUGGCCGCCCUGGGGAGGGGCCACGGACCGAGCCGCGGGGCCACUGGCCGCCCUGGGGAAGGGCCACGGACCGAGCCGCGGGGCCACUGGCCGCCCUGGGGAGGGGCCACGGACCGAGCCGCGGGGCC